CCCCACCCUCCUUCCUCCUCCGGGAGCCGCCCCCUCCCUCCCCGCCCCCAGCAGCCGCCUGAGGGAGAAGAGUCCACGCUACUCUGGGAGACGGAGUGCGUCGGUGGAGCGAGCGCGGCGGGCGGGACAUUCUGGCAGCUCUGGAUCAUGGCAACCAUAGAAGAACUUGCUCAUCAAAUUAUUGAACAGCAAAUGGGAGAGAUUGUUACAGACCAGCAGACUGGCCAGAAAAUUCAGAUUGUGACAGCCCUGGGUCAGAGCACGCCAGGCAAGCAGUUCAUCCUAACCAAUCAUGAUGGCGCCACACCAAGCAAAGUAAUUCUCGCCAGGCAAGACUCCACUCCAGGAAAAGUGUUCCUCACAGCUCCAGAUGCUGCAGGUGUCAACCAGCUGUACUUUGCAACUCCUGAUCUGUCUGCACAGCAUAUCCAGAUUUUAACAGAUCAUUCUUCUUCAGACCAGACACCAAAUAAAGUUUUCGAUCUGUGUGUAGUGUGUGGAGAUAAAGCAUCAGGUCGUCAUUAUGGAGCAGUAACCUGUGAAGGCUGCAAGGGAUUUUUUAAAAGAAGUAUACGAAAAAACUUAGUCUAUUCGUGUCGAGGAUCAAAAGACUGUAUUAUCAACAAACACCACCGAAACCGUUGUCAAUACUGCAGAUUACAGAGAUGCAUUGCAUUUGGAAUGAAACAAGAUUCUGUACAGUGUGAAAGGAAACCUAUUGAAGUAUCAAGAGAAAAAUCUUCCAAUUGUGCAGCUUCAACAGAAAAAAUUUACAUCCGAAAAGAUAUCCGAAGUCCAUUGGCUGCAACUCCAACUUUUGUAACAGAUAAUGAAACAACCAGGUCUGCGGGGCUGCUGGAUUCUGGAAUGUUUGUGAAUAUUCAUCAGUCUGGAAUCAAAUCAGAGUCAGCCAUGCUGAUGACCCCUGAUAAGGUUGAAUCGUGUCAGGGAGAUUUAAGUACUUUGGCCAGUGUGGUAACAUCAUUAGCAAAUCUUGGCAAAACAAAGGACAUUUCACAAAGUAGCCCUGAGCUCUCAAUGAUUGAAAGCUUAAGUAAUGGAGACACAUCGUUAUCAGACAUUCAGCAUGAGAUGCAGAGCAGCAGCGACGUGACAAGGGCAUUUGACACCCUUGCAAAAGCACUAAACCCAGGGGAGAGUGCAGCAUGUCAGAGUUCAGUAGAGAGCAUGGAAGCAAGCGUACACCUGAUGGCUGGAGAGGCAAGCAUGAAUAUCGUCGAAAUAGAGGGACCACUUCUCAGCGAUGCACAUGUAGCUUUCAGGCUUACCAUGCCUUCUCCUAUGCCGGAAUACCUGAAUGUUCACUACAUCGGUGAGUCUGCUUCCAGACUACUCUUCUUGUCCAUGCACUGGGCACUUUCCAUUCCAUCCUUCCAGGCUCUGGGUCAAGAAAACAGCAUCUCAUUAGUGAAAGCAUAUUGGAAUGAACUUUUUACCCUUGGUCUUGCCCAGUGCUCCCAAGUAAUGAACGUGGCCAUGAUAUUAGCAGCAUUUGUUAAUCGUCUUCACAAUAGCCUUCAGCAAGAUAAACUGUCAACAGAGAGAGGAAAAGUCAUGAUGGAGCACAUCUUUAAGCUCCAAGAGUUCUGUAACAGUAUGGUCAAACUCUGCCUGGAUGGGUAUGAGUAUGCCUAUCUAAAAGCCAUAGUGCUCUUUAGUCCAGAUCAUCCAGGCCUAGAAAACAUGGGACAGAUUGAGAAAUUUCAAGAAAAAGCUUACAUGGAAUUUCAAGAUUACUUAACAAAAACAUACCCAGAUGAUACCUACAGGUUAUCCAAGCUACUUCUUAGAUUACCUGCACUAAGGCUGAUGAGUGCUACUAUUACAGAAGAAUUAUUUUUUAAAGGUCUCAUUGGCAAUGUGCGAAUUGACAGCGUUAUCCCAUACAUUUUUAAGAUGGAGACUGCAGAUUAUAACUCUCAGAUAAUUGGUCACGGCAUUUGAAAGCUUGAUGUAGUGGUGCUGUAGACAUAAACUCAUUUCUUCAAAACAUAAGAAACCACACUAUAUCUGAUCCUUCCACCGUAUCUGGACAGUUCAUUUUUAAUAUCUGACUGAAAUCCAAAAUGGUUUCUUUUUCACACAACCUUCAAGAAUUUGUAAGUGACAACUCAGCACGACAAGGAAUAAACAUCAUCUUUUUUCCUAGUCUCGUAUUUAAGUGGAUGAGGAGUCUUCAGAAUUCAGCCUUGGCAAAGAGUCAUCAGGAGCACCACAGACCUGUGUGAGCUAAGAUGUCUCUGCACAUUUCAUGUUGGAAAAAUAAUAAUAAAUUCAUUUUCCUUUCA